UGCUUUACCCUGCAACAGACCCCCUCUAUCGUUCCAGUGCUUUACCCUGCAACAGACUCUAUCGUUCCAGUGCUUUACCCUGCAACAGACUCUAUCGUUCCAGUGCUUUACCCUGCAACAGACUCUAUCGUUCCAGUGCUUUACCCUGCAACAGACUCUAUCGUUCCAGUGCUUUACCCUGCAACAGACUCUAUCGUUCCAGUGCUUUACCCUGCAACAGACUCUCUAUCGUUCCAGUGCUUUACCCUGCAACAGACCCCCUCUAUCGUUCCAGUGCUUUACCCUGCAACAGACUCUCUAUCGUUCCAGUGCUUUACCCUGCAACAGACUCUAUCGUUCCAGUGCUUUACCCUGCAACAGACUCUAUCGUUCCAGUGCUUUACCCUGCAACAGACUCUAUCGUUCCAGUGCUUUACCCUGCAACAGACCCUCUAUCGUUCCAGUGCUUUACCCUGCAACAGACCCUCUAUCGUUCCAGUGCUUUACCCUGCAACAGACCCUCUAUCGUUCCAGUGCUUUACCCUGCAACAGACCCUCUAUCGUUCCAGUGCUUUACCCUGCAACAGACUCUCUAUCGUUCCAGUGCUUGUUAUUUAAUUUACAUUUUUAAAAAUGCUUGAUUGCAUUUCAAAACAUGAAUAUCUCAUAAAUGCUGUGUGAUGGCAUGAACUAAUAAAUAAUUGAUACUGGUAGCCUAUAUAAGUUUUGAAUUAUAGACCUAAGUAAGUUACGGUAUUAAGACUAAACAGGAAGGGCUCUUAGGCCUAAAGCUUGGUGUUUAUACAAGGAUACUAUAUACUAUAUAUACACCAAGCCUACUAAUAGCAAUACUACUUAUUAUUAGAAUGACCAUCACAACAAUAAUUGUAAUAACAAGGAGAUGAAAGAAAAGGAGGGUAUAGGAGCUGAGGGCUUGGGAGCUGAGGGCUUGGGAGCUGAGGGCUUGGGAGCUGAGGGCUUGGGAGCUGAGGGCUUGGGAGCUGAGGCCUUGGGAGCUGAGGCCUUGGGAGCUGAGGCCUUGGGAGCUGAGGCCUUGGGAGCUGAGGCCUUGGGAGCUGAGGCCUUGGGAGCUGAGGCCUUGGGAGCUGAGGCCUUGGGAGCUGCGUGUGACAAACAGGUGCUGCAAGAUUACAAUAUCAUUCUUCUGCCUGUUUCGAACACUAAGUAAUCUGUUCUAACAAAAAUAAAUUGUAAAGCCUUUUUAUGUUAUUUUUAUUUAACUAGGCAAGUCCUUUAAGAACACAUUUUUAUUUAACUAGGCAAGUCCUUUAAGAACACAUUUUUAUUUAACUAGGCAAGUCCUUUAAGAACACAUUUUUAUUUACGGCCUUACCGGGGAACAGUGGGUUUAACCACCUUGUUCAAGGGGCAGAACGACAGAUAUGUUUUAUUUACCUUGUCAGCUCAAGGAUUCGAUCUUGCAACCUUUUCAGGUUACUGGCCCAACGCUCUAACCGCCAGACUACCUGCCACCCCUCAUUACAGCAUAACAGAGAUUAAAAACAGACCCAAUUUGUGAAAUGAUUUUGUCCAUCACGUUGCAUGAAGCUUGGUUCUCACAGAAUCAGUAGGCUAUUAAACAAAGGCAACCGAAGCAAGUAGAGAUAUAUAAUGGAUGAUUUAUAAAGCCAGGCACAUUUAACAGUUAGGUUAUUGAUUAUAGACCCAAUUAACUUGGUUUCCUCUAUCCGCAAUUAGGCUAAGGCCAGGGCUGUUUCCUCGUCUCUUCUGCUGCUGCUGCUGCCUCCUCCGCGUUGUUCUCAAUCUCAAUAUGCUGGUUUAUUUAGUAAUUAUGCACAUAGCAACAUAGGAAAAAAGGCAGCAAUGGUUUAGUCCACUGAGACGUCCUUCAAUCAGACAGGUGACAUUUUUUUCUUCUGCUCAACUAAAAAAAAUCUUGGGCGACCAAACAAUCGACCAGUCGACUAAAUGGGGUCAGCCCUAGGUCUUUUUUAUUUUUUUGUACAUUCUUUAAAAGUAGAGAUUUAGAAAUAGAAAAUGUUUUAUCAUACAUUGCAGUUGAGGAACAAUGAGAAGGUAAUUAUACUUUAAAAGUCGAUAAACUUGUAACCCCACAUUUUGAGAAAAUGGCCCUUGAAUGUUUUGGUACCUACUGGAGAGCUCUUCCUUGUCGACACCCAUUCAGCAUCGUUCACACCCUCCUCAUCCUUAGCCCCACCCACCUCAUUAAGGAUUCACAUGUGAGGCCAUGUGCUAAAGAGAGUGAGGUAGUGUAGUAAAACAACCAAAGAUUUUGAGACUAAAAGUGGUGAAAAUAGUAGCAAAAAGUAGUUUAUCUAGUCCUUGGCCUAUAUCCUAAUCUGACUUUGGUGCAGGUCAUGUUGUUCUUCACAAUACAAAGUUUAUUUGUCACGUGAACAGGAUACACAUCUAGCUAAGUGGAUGGGUCAUGUAAUCAUCUGGCGAAGUGGAGUCUUUUGUUUAGACGUGUAGCUAGCGAGCUAACUAUUCCCAACCCAUACAGUACUAACAAUACAAACUGAUCGUCAUAGCUAGCCACCAUACAUGAAUCUGCAUGUAGGUUCAAUGUUAGCUAGCUAAUAUUAGGCUGUAACUAGCAAUGCAAAAUGGCUGUCUGAUACACAACUGAUAUUACUACACAGAUCAUACGCGUAACGUUAGCUAGCGAGCUAGCAGGCUGACGUUCCCUAGCAACCUAACAGUAAGCCUUAACUUGCAGUGAAAAUUACUUUCUGAUCCAAUUAGAAACGUAUAAUGUCUGAAAUGGUACUCUUAUCCGUUAAACAUGCAGACUUCACGGCAGACUGAAACCAUUUUGACUCUGUUUUGUUUUGUAGUUUGUUACAGUUUGUUUGGCCCACUUUGUGUCAAGUCACUCCGGUUCACACUGAGCGUAGUAGUAGUAGUCCGGCACAACCUUUUCUCACUGAUCUUUGUCUUUGGCGCCUGAUUUAUAAUAACAAGGCAGCAAUGUUGUUGAGAGCAGUUAUUCAGGUAUACCCUGUUCACCACAUGGUCAAUCUGCUGCAUGUUAUACCCUGUUCACCACAUGGUCAAUCUGCUGCAUGUUAUACCCUGUUCACCACAUGGUCAAUCUGCUGCAUGUUAUACCCUGUUCACCACAUGGUCAAUCUGCUGCAUGUUAUACCCUGUUCACCACAUGGUCAAUCUGCUGCAUGUUAUACCCUGUUCACCACAUGGUCAAUCUGCUGCAUGUUAUUCAGGUAUACCCUGUUCACCACAUGGUCAAUCUGCUGCAUGUUAUUCAGUUAUACCCUGUGGUCAAUCUGCUGCAUGUUAUUCAGUUAUACCCUGUUCACCACAUGGUCAAUCUGCUGCAUGUUAUUCAGUUAUACCCUGUGGUCAAUCUGCUGCAUGUUAUUCAGUUAUACCCUGUUCACCACAUGGUCAAUCUGCUGCAUGUUAUUCAGGUAUACCCUGUUCACCACAUGGUCAAUCUGCUGCAUGUUAUUCAGUUAUACCCUGUGGUCAAUCUGCUGCAUGUUAUUCAGUUAUACCCUGUUCACCACAUGGUCAAUCUGCUGCAUGUUAUUCAGGUAUACCCUGUGGUCAAUCUGCUGCAUGUUAUUCAGGUAUACCCUGUGGUCAAUCUGCUGCAUGUUAUUCAGGUAUACCCUGUGGUCAAUCUGCUGCAUGUUAUUCAGGUAUACCCUGUUCACCACAUGGUCAAUCUGCUGCAUGUUAUACCCUGUUCACCACAUGGUCAAUCUGCUGCAUGUUAUUCAGUUAUACCCUGUUCACCACAUGGUCAAUCUGCUGCAUGUUAUUCAGGUAUACCCUGUGGUCAAUCUGCUGCAUGUUAUACCCUGUGGUCAAUCUGCUGCAUGUUAUUCAGGUAUACCCUGUUCACCACAUGGUCAAUCUGCUGCAUGUUAUUCAGUUAUACCCUGUUCACCACAUGGUCAAUCUGCUGCAUGUUAUUCAGUUAUACCCUGUUCACCACAUGGUCAAUCUGCUGCAUGUUAUUCAGGUAUACCCUGUGGUCAAUCUGCUGCAUGUUAUACCCUGUGGUCAAUCUGCUGCAUGUUAUUCAGGUAUACCCUGUUCACCACAUGGUCAAUCUGCUGCAUGUUAUACCCUGUUAACCACAUGGUCAAUCUGCUGGAUGUACAACAGUCACACGGCUGCGGCCUUGUCCUGCUCUGAAGCCUUUACCCCCGAGGCUCUAUCAUGUUGCCCUUGACUUCUACAGUUCCAACUAUUAACGUUGAAGUUCCCUCUCUCCCUUUUCCCUUU